UCACCUGAAGGCUAUUGCAGACCUUUCGAUUCCAACGGAAACGGUUAUUCGCGUAGCGAAGCAAUGGGAAUAGUAUACCUUCAAAAGGCGAAAAAUGCUAAGAGAAUUUAUGCUAUAUGUCCGCAUAUAAAAUUAAACAACGACGGUUAUAAAGAAGAAGGAAUAACACAUCCAUCCUUGCUAAUGCAAAAUACUUUACUAAAGGAAUAUUACAAUGAAUGCGGAAUACCGACAUCUUGCUUGGAUUAUUUUGAAACACAUGGUACCGGUACCAAAGUUGGUGAUCCACAGGAAGUCACUGCUAUUUAUAACAAUUUGGGUAAAAAUAGAGAAACUCCAUUA